UGUAUAUAGAAUUUUAGCUAGUUUUAUUUUUCUUAACGAUAUAAAAUUAUAACCAUUUAUGUACUUAUAUACUAAAUUUACCUGAUCCUUUUCCAAAUUCCGUUCCAAUUCUCAAUCCAAUGACACACUUCCUCACCUUUUUGUAUGGCUGACGCACAAACCGUGCAGGCCAAUAAAUGGCGCAAAAAAAAAAAAAAAAAAAAAUUGAAUAUUUUUAUUUGUUGCCUGAAGCUUUUUGUUUUUGAUACAUAAUUACUGUUGGAUUUCCUUAAAAUUUAAUAAAAACUCGGAAAUUGUAAAUAGAAGUAAGAAGACCAUCUUACGCGAUAGUGCAAUACAUAGCUCUUGACUCAUCGAGUUGAGACCAGAAUUUUAGCGUAUCGAUAUUGAAUUUUUCAUAAUAAAAUGAUGAAAUAGCUAAAUUUGAGAUUUUGUUUAUAUAUAUAUUAGCAACUGGUCUUCCUUCAACUCCUUUAGUGUUUUAUAUUUUUGUGUAUCCAUAUUAUGCUGUAUCACUAUUUAACCGGUAACUUUUAUGAGAAACGUGAUUUUUUUGAGUGUUAUUGAAUAAUCCAGUAUAGGUAUAUUCUUUGCUAUUUAUGUUUGCUAGUUGGCCUACAUUUGUUAGCGCAAAAAGUAAUUGCUUUAUUUUUUAAUUGUUAAGUAAACUGGUACUUUAAGAGUAACAUAACGCACAUAAAAUGAGUAAAUCAAAAGUUUCUGCCGAAUGGAAGAAAAGAGUGAAGUCAGAAUAUAUGAGGCUACGUCAGGUCAAGCGUUUCAAACGAGCAGACGAAGUUAAGGUGGCAUGGGCGCGGAACUUGAGAAUUAUGUCAGAAGCAGUUGAAAGCCGUGACAAUGAGCAGCAACUUAUGGAACAAGGAAGACGUCCAUUUUGGCCACCUCCAGGUCCUAAACCUAGUCAUGAAAGCCUUAUGAAAAGAGCUGAAGUUACAUGUACUGACAUGUCUGGUACUAAUACUACCCAACAAGUGCCAAUAAGAAUCAUUAACUCAGUGAACCCAAUCCCUACUAUGUAUACAUGGGCACCAACACAAAAGAAUUUCAUGGUUGAGGAUGAGACAGUGCUGCAUAACAUCCCUUACAUGGGUGAUGAGGUUCUUGAUCAAGAUGGAACUUUCAUUGAAGAAUUGAUUAAAAAUUAUGAUGGAAAAGUUCAUGGUGAUAAGGAGGGUGGAUUUAUUGAUGAUCAGCUUUUUGUUGACUUGGUACAUGCCCUCAUGUCUUAUACAACUAAAGAGGAAGUAAAAGAGGAAGUAACAGAGGAAAAAGACAGAAGGGACUCUCGCAACUCUAAAGAGGAAAAAGAUGACUCUAUAAAAGACAAAGAAAAAGAAUGUGACAAAGACAAAGAGGAUUCCAAAGAUAAUAUAGAGAAAAUAAUUGUAAAUGAGAAACAGUUUCCUAUAUUUACAAUAUUUCAUGCAAUCAGCUCACAGUUUCCAGAUAAAGGAACUGCUCAAGAGUUAAGAGAAAAGUACAUCGAGCUGACGUCACGCAGCGACCCGAAUGCGCUGCCGCCCGAGUGCACGCCCAACAUCGACGGGCCGCUAGCGGAGUCCGUGUCCCGCGACCAGACCAUGCACUCGUUCCACACGCUUUUCUGCCGCCGCUGCUUCAAGUACGACUGCUUCCUGCACCGAUGUCAGACCACAGGUCUACAGGCUUGUCAUCCACGCCCUAAUCUUUCCCGGCGGAAAGGACCAGACCUAAAACCAUUUGCUGAUCCUUGCGGAUCCACCUGCUAUAUGUUACUCGACGGUAUGAGGGAGAAACUGGCUCGCGAGAAGGCUCUGGGCGAGGCGGGCGACGGCGAGGGUGCAGCCGCGAUAGACUCCCCAAACGACGCCUCCUCCGAGGACAGCAACGACUCCAAUCGCUAUCAGAAAGCAGGGUGCGGUGGAUGCAGCAACGGCAGCUCCGGCGCGACGAGGGCGCCCCUAGCGGACAACGAGCAGGUCGGCGCCCCGCCCUACGCCGCGCUGGACCUGUGCGCGGGCGAGGCGGACUCUGAGUGGACGGGCUCGGACCAGUCGCUGUUCCGGGCGCUGCACCGGGUCUUCCCGCAGAACUACUGCGCCAUCGCACAGCUCAUGCUGAACAAGACGUGCCAGCAGGUGUACUCACACUGGAGCCUGUCUGGCGCUCAGGAGUGCGGCGUGGAGACAGAGCGCACGCCGCCGCGCAAGAAGAAGAAGAAGCACCGGCUUUGGUCCGUGCACUGCCGGAAGGUGCAGCUGAAGAAGGACUCCGCCUCGCACCACGUGUACAACUACACGCCGUGCGAGCAUGGCACCGCUCCCUGCGACAACAUGUGCGCCUGUGUGCAGUCGCAGAACUUCUGCGAGAAAUUCUGUCAGUGCAGCAGCGACUGUCAGAACCGGUUCCCGGGGUGUCGCUGCAAGGCGCAGUGCAACACGAAGCAGUGUCCGUGCUACCUGGGCGUGCGCGAGUGUGACCCCGACCUGUGCACGGCGUGCGGGGCCGACCUGCCCGCCGGGAACAAGCACCCCGCCUGCUGCCGGAACGUGUCCGUGCAGAGAGGCCUACACAAGCACCUGCUGCUGGCGCCCAGCGACGUGGCCGGCUGGGGCAUCUUCCUGAAGGAGGCGGCACACAAGAACGAGUUCAUCUCGGAGUACUGCGGAGAGAUCAUCUCGCAGGACGAGGCCGACCGUCGCGGCAAGGUCUACGACAAGUACAUGUGCAGCUUCCUCUUCAACCUCAACAACGAUUUUGUGGUUGAUGCAACAAGGAAGGGCAACAAGAUUCGUUUUGCUAAUCACUCCAUCAACCCCAACUGUUAUGCAAAGGUGAUGAUGGUCAAUGGUGAUCACCGCAUCGGCAUCUUCGCCAAGAGACCAAUCCAGCCGGGGGAGGAAUUGUUCUUUGACUACAGAUAUGGGCCCACGGAGCAGCUCAAGUUUGUAGGCAUUGAGAGAGAAAUGGAGUUUUUAUAGUUUUAAUUCAUUAUUUUGCAUAGCUAUUGUUUUUGAAUUCAUAUAAUUAAGUGAUUAUUCAGAUUACUAAUAAAUAAAUGCUUUUUCACAAAUAAAUAAA